AUGCGACAAGCUUCACGGAAAACGAGCACCGGGACAACGGUACCUCGUUUGGAACGCGAUGCUCAACCCGGCAUUUCUGCUAGUUUCCUAGUUCUCAUGAAUAAACAAGUGCGGAAAAGCCUUACCUUCAACGACGAACACGUUUCUCGGCGAGCCGACGUGUUAUGGGGACGCUUGUCACUUUUUUUUAGCGGGAGCGGUCAGAAGCCUGCAGCGUCCUGUCGUGUGGUGGCGUUUCAAACCACGCUUUCGGGGAUCACGAGCGUCUUUCAAGCACCAAGGCAUACGACGCAAGCGCUGCGAGAACCAAGUUGUAGGCGACAAGGACUGCUUAAGAGGGCACGACCUGCACGCAGGAGCACUUUACCCGGGCGAGAACGAACGCUAGCUGCUUCUCGUCGAACGCUAUUCGUGCCACUGUACGCAAGUGCAAACGACAACGAUCUGCGAGCGCAGCAAGAGUCCUCUUCCCGCGCGACCAUUCGCAAUCGUUCAGCUACAACUCGCAGCGGCAACGACAGUAGUGUGAAAGAGGGAACCGAGCCCCAGCGUCCGCGAAGUGUAUCCGAGGUAGCGGUGGAGCAGUUUGAGGAGCAGCCAGGGCCCUCAACGACGGUGAUCGCGGCCACAUUCGUCGCAAUGUAUCUUACAAUUGGCACACUAUUCUACUCUACAGUGGAAUCGUGGUCGCCACUCGAUGCCCUCUACUUUGUCGUGCAGGCUGGGUUGAAUGUGGGCUACGGGGAUAUCCAGCCGACGAAGGAGAUCUCCCGUCUGUUCACGGCAGCUUUUGUACUUGCUGGAAACCUGCUGCUUGGUGGAGCACUAGCGCUUUUUGUCCAAGGAGCAUUGAUGAAGCAAGAACGACUGAUACAACAGUUUGCUGAUGAAUCCAACAAACUGCGCGUAACGAUGGAUGACGAAAACAACGACGGUGCCUGGGAGACGAAUGCGGGUUCCGGCGUUGCUGGCUGGGCGGUAUCGCUGUUUAGUGAUGCGGUGAGCUUUACCCGGGGCAUUCAUAAGGUUCUUUCUUCCUAUGCAAAACGCGCGGGAAGACGACUCUCCAAUGCUGCAGAAAAUGCGCUGAGCAGUUUCAGCGACGAUGCCAUGGACGCGCCACGCGGGAUAGACCUACUUGUACGCGAGCUCUCUGCGGUUGGUGCCGCGUUCCUGAAUACCCCGUUGGGAAACGUCAUCUCCUCUUAUUCCAUUUUAUGGCUGUGGAUUGGUUCAGGUACCGCUUUCGGAAUGAUUCACGAGCACUUGCCGUUUGCUGAUGCGUUACUCUUUUCGGUGAGCAGUUUGAGCACUUUGGGGAUCAGUCCGCCGCCGUCCAGCGACCCCGUUUCGAGGCUGUUCUGCACUGUCUUUCUGCUCAGCGGUGUCGCGGUGUAUGCGUUAACCCUAGGACGAGUGGCGAAUUUCUUCGUCGACCGAUACGAACGCGAGCAAGUUCGACGUCUCGUGACCACCCGUCUACGUCUGCGGAAGAAACUGCAGCAGAUAGCACGACGCUGCGAUAUUCACGACAACGCGGCAGCGCUGGCAUGGAAGGCCCAGAUGAGGAAGCAGCACGCAGAGCUUCUAGAGACGCCGCUUUGGCGGCCGCUUUCGGAAGCUGGCCUGGCAUCCGCUACAACACCAGAUCCAAGUCAGCGUACCGGUGAAGAUGGCGACAAAGCGGAGCCAUUGCCUGACGAGGAGACCUUGACCUGGGCUGAGUUUCUUGAGUGGAAGCUGCUCACCGAAGGUCGCAUUUCAGUUGAGCGCCUGAGCGCUAUUCGGCGGGAAUUUGAGCAAUGUUUCGAGAAGAUGUAG